GGGGCUUUAAAAAGCAGUUGUAUCAUGGUUUAAUUUAAUGAUUGUGGGAUCGAGUGAAAAAUUAUCUUCUUCCAUAUUAAUUUUAUCUUCUGAUGGGUCAACAGAUAAUAGCUACGUGGAGGCAGUUGAAUAAUCUUUAGAAGCUGCCCUGUAGAAAAUAAAGGUUUUAGAAAAUGAUUGCGGUAGUAAUCUGGCUAUAAAUAUGCUUGUAUUUUGUCUUUAAUUAUUUACGAUCAGCCUAAUUAUCCCGAUAUGAUUCUAAUUUUGGUCAACGGUCCUAUAAAUGAAACUCAGUUGAAGAUGGUCAAUUGGGAAAUAAUCCCAAGGUCGGUUGGGCCGAAUCUCUCGGCUUUUCAUUCAUAUAUGGCGGUGGAUUCUAAUCGGUUCAAGUCCAUGGUAAGGGCCCAGAAGAUUAGCCCAAUCCAAAAUCAGUUAUGGUAUAUGUUUAAAGUUAUUUGGGAAAUGGUAAUUUUUAUAAACCUUUGCGAGCCCAAAGGGCCCAUUUAAGAAGGAUGUAAUUUACCUUUUUAGGAUCCAAUAAAAAUCCUACGUAGGC